AUGGAAACAGGCUUUUGGAAAUGUCCUACUGCAGAGCUACAAACGGAUCCUCUACUGAUAAUCACUAACGUCGUGACUUGCUUCAGUCUGGUGCUCAAUAUUGCUUUGCUGGUCAUUAUCUCGCUACUCAGGGGAACAGCCAAAAUCUUUCUUGUACACCUGCGUGCUCUUACUGUAUCUGUGAUCUUUUACAAUUUCAUUGAGCUCUGCAAUCUAACCAUAUCUCCUCAUCUGUUUCCCACUGAUUCAUUCUUAGCCCCAACACUCUGCCAUGCAUGGAGAAGCGAUUACUUAACCAAUAGUUUUUAUUACUUUGGCGCUCUCAUCCUAAACGUCAUUGUAAGCAAUAGAGCCGUUCAGCUUGCCUGCAAGUACCCGUAUGCCUUCUCCAACUCCCUGGCUGCCGAUCUUGCCUACGUGGUUGGAAUGGGGCUAAUUAGCAUUAUUGUUAUGUUGCCCCAAGCACUGCUAGUGCACUGGAAUGGAAAACGGUGCCUAUGUCUUGACACACAUCUGCCCUAUAUCGUGGUGGUCUCACUAUACGCCGAGACCUUUGUUCGCUUUGGCCUGGCUGUCCUCCUCAGUGGUAUCAGCUUGAGCAUCUCCUGCUACAAAAUUAUCAACUGGGUGCGUAGCACACCAGCUGAGCAGCUUGUGGAUAAUUGGAAUAGCCUGGCUUUUCACCAUACUACACAGGAUCAGAUAGAAGAAUUUAGUCGACCCCAAGGUUGGAUGACCGCAUCCAUGUGCAUUAUCCCGCUUUCGGUGAAUUACCUAGCAGUCAGUAUACUCAGAAUUGGAUAUGAGUUCACCUGUGCUGUGGGUUUUUGUAAAAUAAUGCCCCAAUCUCUUUUAGCCAGACUGAUCGAUCUUCUGAUUCAUCUUCAAAUGCUUGCUCUGCCAAUCAUCAUUUCUGUCUACAUCCCAUCAGUGCAACACUUACUGCUCACAUUUUGUCGUCGGCUCACAUCGAUCUGCAGGAAGCCCAUAACCAGAGAAGAUUUGGAUUCGCGGACUUCCUAG